UGCUCACAUACUCUCAGCGUAUACUUCAGUGAAGAAUGUAGCGACUUGACAAUUGUUUGUGGGGACAAGGUUCUCAAAGCGCAUAGGCUGGUUGUCUGUUCUCAGUCAGAUUACUUCCGAAAAGCCUGUUGCGGCAUAUUCAAGGAAGCUCAUCAGCCAAUCAAAUUCCCCGAUAAACAUCCCACUGUAAUGGAAAAGGUCCUGGGGUAUUUCUACACUGGCGACUACACUCUGAAACUGGGGUCUGGUCGUUGUUCAGCGACGAGCAGUUCAAAAAACAUCAGACACCAGCAAUCACCUUCCAGUGCCGCUAGGCCGGUUGUUCUGGUGGAUAACUCUUCGUUCCCGGCAAGCAUGGCACUCUCUCAGUCUACUUCGAGUAGCCUUAUCCCCGUUGGAAGCAACGAGGUGGACAUUGAGCCUUCCCCAACAAGAAACCUAGCACUAUUUCAUGCGAGAGUGUAUGGAGAGGGCGAUUACGUCUUAGUCGAGGGCCUCAAAACCAUGACCCAAGCCGAGUUCACUACUGAUCUCACAAAGAGCUUGACAAAGGAGGACCCAAAGACGGCGGCACUUGAUGAAACACUGGAAGAGCUCUAUUCAACUCGAGCUAACUACUAUUCACUGAGGUGUAUUGCAAUCCGCCAAAUUGUGGAAAACAUACAUGUUGUUUCUGUCAAGCAUGGUGUACCCCUACGAAAGUCCAUGAAGUCCAUUCCUGAUUUUGCGUUCGAUUUAUGCAUGGCACUUAUGAAGGAGAAAUGUUCUUUUGAAAUCUCACCCGGAGGUCAAGCCGUCUUGCGCGGAAAAAGCUAA